UAGUCAACGUGUUUGGGAACGUUUGUAUGUGCGAUGUUCUAAUGGCUUGUUUUGGUUGCACGUUUUUACGCACUAUGAGGGAUGUGAACACAUGUGUACGAUUCCGCUAAUAGUAUUAAAUCUAUACCAUGAUGCCGGGAGACAACCAGUCCAAAGCCGGAGAAAUCGCCUCUGAAGCUACUACUGGCACAUGUCAAAACUGCACUGUUUUGAAUCAGAGUUUAGAUGAAUAUGUGGCUGCUUUGUUAACACUUAAGCAGAAAAUCAUCGACACAGACCGCCUCUUGAGUCAAUACAAAGAGAAGUGUGAUGAGCUUCAGAAAUCACAGAGAGAGAGCAGUAAACUGCACACACAGCUGGAUGAGGUGAUGCUGAAGAUUGAGCCCUUAGAGAAACAGACAUUGGAGUAUGAACAGAUAAAGACAGAGCUAGAGAAAACUAAGGGUGAAUUGAGAUCUUACCAGCAGAAGUGUGAGGAUGCUGACAAACUGAGAGCUGAAAAUGCCCAGACACUCACUCUCAAAGGAAAACUUGAAGAAUCCUUAAGGAAUGCUGAGGAUACAGUGCACCGACAAAACUUGGAGAAUGAAAUGCUCAGAGCUGAAAAGAAAAAACUGAUGGACGAUAUCCAGAAAACUCAGGAUUCCCUCAGGGAAUAUCAGGAGACCACUGAGGAGCUUGAGAAUCUCAAGUUGGAGAAUGCCAAGACACUGAUUAUGAAAGAAAACCUUGAGAAUGAACUUCUGUUGCUGAAAGAGACAAAGUUUCAACAGAACAAUCAAAUAAAUGACCUAAAGAAUCAGAAAAAAAGGCUUGAAGAAAUUCUGCAUACGACACAGCAACGGCUAAAGAAACUCGAGAAGGAGUUCAACAAAGAGAAAAUUAGUACGUCUUCCCAAACAGAGGCUGAACUGAUAAUUGACAGAGGAAAAGUUAGAAAGCUUCUGGAAGAGCUCUGGCAUUGCGUGGAACCUACAUCACAAACCAAAGAAAGAUUGCUUUUUAAUGGAGAGCCAACACCCUUGAAAAACCAACUUAAAAGAACACCACCUCAACCACUGCCGAUCAGUCCUGUAAGAAGACAGAUUUCUCCUCCAUCUCCAGGGAAGCCCAGUCCAGAAGCUCACUUGCAAUCUCCAAAACGCUCAAGCUCCACACUGAAAGCAUCUCCAGAGUUCAGUAUGCUUAAAUCAUCACCUCAGAACAUGAACAAGCAGAUCAAAGAGCAAUUAAUUACCCCAGGCAGAAAGAGGAAAGUAUGUUCAGAUGUGCUUGAACAAAUAAACACCUGGACUGAUGAUGCUAAUGAGUCCUCACUGAAGGAAAGGAAUGAUGGAGACUUGUUACAUGGAAAUUACUGUUCAGAUCUGGAGGACAUUCAAGAGUGGUUCAGGCCUUUGCCCGCAGCUUUAUCACCUGUUCGUAGCCCUUCAAUAGAGCUGGUCGGCCUCAAUGACAAUCAGCCAGAGCAGGAAUAUCAAUUAAAUAAUGGGAAACCAGAAACACUAUCAAGCAUACAUUUGGAUACUCUUGAAUACGACACAAAAAUAGAAUCUUCAGAUAUCAAAGAUCUGAAAUCAUUAAUGACAGAAAAAGUGGAACAGUCAUCAGUUCUACUGUCCCCAGGCAAUCAUAAAACAAAAUCAGCUUCAUCUGAUGAUGAUAUGGACCUUCAAAACGCAUCAUCUGACAGUCAAUACAUGGAGGUAGAUGAUAUGUUAGAAGUAAGUCAUAACUGUGUGGGACACAACCAGAAGCAGACUAUAAAACCAGGUGUAGAACGAGUGGAGAAUUCCUUAGAAAAUGACACAAAACAAACUGCAGUUGAGCUUCUGUUGAUGAAUCAAAACUAUGACAGAACACAAUUAAAGGAGACAAAAGUCACAAAUGAUAUUAAAAAUCUACCAGAAAACUCAGUUCCUCAGCAGCAUAUUGAACCUGACCCAAUGUCCACCAAUUCUGUUGAAUCUGCAGAAUCCGAAAGUUCUCUGGGACAACCUAAUGAAGCACUGACGUCAAAGUUCAAAAGCAUUUCAAGGCUAAUUGAAGUUAACUCUUGUAAGAGGAAUGAGGAAUUAGAAAGCUUUACACUCCUGGAAAUCAGGACUGUUGCAGACAUAUCAACACAUGACAUUCAGAACAUGCAUAGUAACAAGGCAGCAAAUGAGGAUAGCAGUUCAAAGCCUACAGAAUAUCAGAAGCGUUUGGAUGAGAGAGAAAAUGGAGGUGCUUGCCUGUUGAGGUCCUUGAAAGAUGAAGAAUCAUCAUCAGAAGAUGAAGUGUUCUUGGGUUUGAAGAGAAAGGUUAGAGGGAUUCGCUCAAGGUCUGAAGCAAUAAGGUCUGAAGCAAUAACCCCUCAGAAGACUGACGUUGUGUGUGAGAGUAAGAAGUGUUCGUCUGUAAAGCAAAUGUCCAAAGAAGAGCAUCAAAGAUUGUGUACUGAAAGCAGAGAAUUAUUGCACACUGGACUUUCCACCAUAAUCAAGUCUGAUGACAAAAGAGGGUCUGAACCACCAGAAAAUGACAAAACUGUUCCAACAGUUUGUAAGUUACUGAGUCAAGAAAGUAACCUUAAGAAUACUGAAGAAGAUGAAUCAGAGAACCCAAGGAAAAUCUCAACUCAAAUCAGCACCAGAUAUCAUGAACGGAACGAUGAAAUGUCAACUGAUGCCCUUAGCUCUUGCACCGAAAAUUUGAUCAGUGAAGUUUCUAACCACAAGGGAACAUCAGGAGACUCUGCAUUGGAUAGUCUUGAGGGUACCAUCACACCAUGCCACAUUUCUAUUGAACCAAGAAGUUCUUCCUUUAAGAAAGAUUUAGAGAACAAGGGAAAUACUUUACUUGUUCCAGAUCUCAACACCAAAGCUCCAAUUACACCAACUUCUUGUUUAUCUCUUGGAAGAGUGCGGACCGAGAUGGGUCCACCCCUACCUCCAGUUGUUCUUCCACUCACUGCAACUCCUCCAAGAUUUGGAAAGCACCACACUCCUUUGAAGCCUACUACAUCAUCCUCAAUAUUACCAACAGAUCGACCAAAGUCUCCUAAGAUGUUCCCGCCUGUCAUUGAGUCAGCUCUUCCAGAUGCAUCCAAAAUGUCGCCAUGUUUGACUACUCCAUCACCUUCUUCUGGAGUUCCUUCCUCACCACUGCAGUUUGGAUCAGCUACUCCGAAACAUGCUGUUCCAGUACCAGGAAGACUCCCAUCAUCUGCCUUAUCCUCCUCACCUCCUUCUGCUUCGCAGGAGAAUUCCAUGCAGAUGCUGGAUACUAUGUAUCCUGAGCUCUCAGCACGUGCCCGCACUCUAAACAUACUCCGUGGUAAUGUUAACCUGAACAGAGCUGGCAAUGAGAAUGGUGCCUCCCCUCCAUCUGUUAACCAGAUAUCAGGAAAUAAAUCUAUCAGUUCUUCAUCCACUGCCUUUACCAAAACCGAGCAGAAACCAAAAAGGACAGGUGUGAAUAUGCUUUUGCCAAAGAGUGCUAAAAAACUCAGACUUGACAACUGUUCACCUGCUCCUCCUGGUGUGGCUUCUCCUACAGAACAACUAAUUAAAACUGAGACUCUUGAAUCUUGCCAAAAAUUGAAAAGCUGUCAAGACGACCAGAAAAUUGACAAGCAGUUCCAGAUCUCAGAUGCACUUGCCAAAAUAGGGAUAUCAUGUUUUGAAGAAUUGCCUGUAGUCAAGAGCCAUGUGUUUCUUGGGAGAAUAUCCCAGGUGCCGAAUUUGAUUGAUGAAGAGAAGGCUGUCAUUGCUGAUUUCUGUGUAAAUCAGUCUUCAGCAGAAGAGCUCAUGUCUGCCAUCUUGACAAAACUGAAGGAGAGGAAUAUUCUUAGUUGUGAAUAUUUACAAGCUCUCUGUAGAGUCUACACUGGUUUAUGCCGUAAGAUAGGGGACUAUCUGAAAGCCCAUGCCUUUGCAUACAACAUCCUCAAAGAGGAUUUACCUGAUGCUCCUAAGCUAAUCUUGUUCAUGGUCACAACAUGGCCAAGUGUGCUUUUCCAUGAGACCACAUUGUGCAAAGCCAUCCACACCGUGGCCAAGCUAAAAGCAGAUGGAGAAAUGUUGGAGUACCUCACUAAAUAUCUGCACUGGGAUAAGAGCCCCCCUUAUGAUAUCCAAAAAAUAAUCAGCAGCACUCUGAAGGCACUUCAAGAAGACAAAGAUUUGACAUUCCAGAAGCAUGAUCGCCAUGGUGAUGACCUUUGCCAAACUACUUGGGAAUACAUUUACACAUUGGAUCUCCUGUGUACACAUAUGAAGUGGAAGUGGACACACGACUGUAUUAUUGGCAAAGAGCUUUGGCCCAUCAUGAACACAUGGGUGACACAGCCAAGGCCUCAACAAACCCCAAUUCGGGAUAUUUCUGUAGCAGCUGUUCUGCGAUUGAUUGGACGACUUGGCCAGUUAGGGAUGAAGCAGAGGCUAUGCAAAUCAGUCCAAAAUGUAGCAAAAGCCAUAAACCUCUUUGGCAAACACGGGAUUACAGAAGAUGUACCAAAAGAGGUGCAGUUAUCUGCAGUCUAUGCCAUUUAUGACCUGGCACCCUGCAACCCCAAAGAUGCUCUAGAGGCUCUGGCAUCAUGGCGGAGUGAAACCACACAGCCGGUACCCCCUGCUGUGACAAGCUGCAUCACACAGAUCGGUUCACUCUGUCGCCAAAUAAAAUCCUGAACCUGUAUUUUUAAAUCUGCACAUGCUCUUUUUGUGCAUUCUUAUAUAAAUGUGACUGGGAACUUGCUCUGAAAAAUUUGUUACAGAAUAUGUGUUCAUUGCAGAAAACAAUUAUGCCAUUCUUGUACAUUUGUGUAUAUUUUGUAUGUAGAGUAAAGUUUAUAUACCAUAAAGAGCAUUUCUAUGAACUUGA